AGAUUCAGCUGGAGCCCACAGUUAAGUAAUGCCCUUCAGUCAUCUCGCAAUUCGGUUGAGCCUGAUGUCAGGCGAGAAGUAUACCUCAGCUUACAGCAACAAGCCGGGCAGAUAGAUGGGAAUCAAUCCGUUCAAGUUCAGACUACAUUUCCUCCAGACCAGCAAGGAUCAGAUCCACAUCCGCAGCUGAGAAGUAUGUCUUCGGGGCACACUUGGCACGAUCUCCCACAUCCAACGAAUUCUAUCGUGGCAUGUUAUCGCGGAGAAUGGCAGAUGAACGCCCCCCAUUCACCUUCACAGCCAUCAAGCCCGACGCGUCAAGAAAGCGAAGAUCCUCACACUCUCGGUAUCAACAUCAGAGAGACUUCUGACAUACUUGGUAAUGGUCACGCUGAAGCGCAAUAUUAG